UAAAAAAAGUAACAACAUAGAGGAAGAAUGCAAAUGGAAGGGAAGUGAUGGAAAGUAUAGAAGAGACAGUUGUUGGGAAAGAGCAGAAAAGAGGGGAGAGAAACAGAGAGUAUCCCCAAGGGAGAGCAGGAAGAAUAGAGAGGGUUCUGAGCUGAAAAGGAAAAAAAGAAAAGGGGGAGAUUUGGCAGGGAACAAGAGAGCACGAUAAGAAGAGUCACAUGGAAAGAAAAGAGGCAAAAUGACAGAUCAGAGAUGACAGAGAGAAGCUAUGAAGCAUCUUAAGAACUGAAAAAAGGAGGAGGAGGAGGAGAGGCACUAAGAAAGUUACAGACAUUAAGAAUGACAAGUGUUAAAGGAGGGAGAAAGGAAGGGUCGAGCAUGAGAAGGAAGAGAUAAGAGGGAGAGACAGAGCAGAUAGGAGUGUUAAAAGCUGGAAAACCAAGAUGAAAAUAGUAGAAAAAGAGGAGAUGAAGGGAGGGGAAAAGGCUUAAGUACAUUAAUUGAAGAUGACAAAAGGAAAAGAGCAGAUUGUCAGAGUGGGAAGAGCUGAAAGAGGAGGAGAGAAACUCACCAAAAGGGAGUGGAGAAGACGCUGAGGGGGAGAGGAGAGGAGAGGCAGAGCUGGGAAGUAAAAAGUGAGUGAUAGAGGAGGGAGAGAGAGAGCAGAUAUGAGGAGGAGUGAGGAGAGCUGAGACAGAAAGACAGAAGAGAGGAAAGAACGGGGGAACUUAAAUUCACUGGUGUGUUUCUCUCUGACGUCGUUGUGAAACCUUCUCGAGCUGCUCUGCUGCUGCUGCUGUUGCAAGACUGAACACUAUCAGGACGGAGCAGGCGGCUGCCAAACCCACUGACACACACACACACACACACACACACACACACACACACACACACAGAAAGCAAAGGAGCUCCCCAGCAGUGUUGGAUAUGACUCGUCCGCUGAGGCAGUUUGGUGUGGUGGACUCAGAGUGACAGUUGGGGAGAACCGGUUCUUCAUCCAGUCAGUGUUGUGUGAAGAUGAAGUGACGCCAGCAGAGUCUGAACACAGGGCGACUUCACAGCUGUUGAUGUUUCCAUCGGAACAAAACUCAACGACAAAGAUGUCGGUGAAGCUGCGAUUCGACUCCCCCUCAGAUGGAGGCUUGGUCCACAGGAGCCGCUCCUUCACUGGGUUCAGCUCUCUGAAUGGACGACGACGGCCGUCCUCUGCUCGUAACUCUCUCCGCUCCAAAGCCAUGACAGGGAGUAAAUCUCCCAGGAUGCACCUGUCUCCCAGCAGAGGGGGAGGGGGUGUGUGGUCUCUGCAGCCAGAGCAGGUCGACAGGGUUUUCCAGGCACUACGCAAAGGACUCAAGGAGUACCUGGAGGGUCACCAGGCGGAGAUGGACUUCCUGUCGUCACAGCAGAGAGAGACCAAGAGAAACUCCAGACUGGCUUUUCUCUAUGAUCUGGAAAAGGAGAUCAGAGCGCUGGAGAGAUACAUACGACGAUUAGAGUUUCAAAUCAGCAAGGUGGAGGAGCUGUAUGAGACAUAUUGUAUCCAGUGGAGGCUGUGUCAGGGAGCGGUCAACAUGAAAAGAGCCUUCUCGCUGUCCCCGUCCACCAGAGCCUCCAGAGAGAGUCUGCUGGAGCUCAACCGCAACCACAGACACAGCCUGCAGGACAUGUCAGUUAUGGAGGGAGAGCUGGAAAUCCUCCUCGGAGAGCUACACAUCAAAAUGAAAGGUCUGAUCGGCUUCGCUCGGCUCUGCCCUGGAGACCAAUACGAGGUGGUGGUGCGGUUGGGCCGCCAGCGAUGGAGGAUCAGAGGGAAGAUCGAGUCAGAUGACACACAGUCCUGGGACGAGGAGGAGAUGGUCUUCCUCCCACACAUACACCACAACUUCGAGAUCAAGGUGACCGAGGCGAAGGGUUUAGGUUGGCUGCUGGUUGGCAUGGUAACGUGUGCGAGCGCAGACUUCUUCGUGGCGAGGCCGCAGUUGAUGCUGGUGGACAUCACGGAGCUGGGAACCAUCAAACUGCAGCUGGAGGUCACCUGGAAUCCGUUUGACAGCGCUGAGAAGAUGAAGCCGCUGUCUGUCAGCAGGCAGUCGGUGUCCAGCAGGAAGAGUUCAGUUUACAGCUGGACGGCACCGAGCACCCCCUCCUUCACAGAGAAAUACUUUAUAUCGAUGGUACGUGAGCUGAAAGAUCAAGAUGGCUCCCUCCCGUCUCUGGUUUCCAAAAGUCGUCAUAACAGAGGAGGAGUGUCUCUGCUCAGCUACCUGUCCAACCCCUCGCACACCUCCAUCACGUCAAACCACAGCCCUCAAAGCCCCUGCACCCCCAGUCUGACACGGGCUCACAGCUACCCCUCCAGCCCCAGCCAGGGCACCAGUCUGGGAGGAAGCCAGACCCAGCUGUCCCUCGAGGAGGAGGUCUCUACGGAGGAGAGGGAGCAGAGGAAGAGGAUGGAUGAGAAUGAGGAAGAGGAAGAGGAAGAGGAGGAGGAGGAGGAGGAGGAGGAGGAGGAGUGGGGAGGAGUGUCGGGGACUCCAUCAACACCGGUGGAGAGUAAGACAGGAUCCCUGCCGGCCCUGCAGAGGUCCAGUACCCCUGACAUCCUCAGGAAGAACACAGCUGGAGAACCAGAUGCUGAGACACACAGUGCAGCCCUGGGGCAGGACACGGUCACUGUACAGGAAUCCCCUCACUCAUAUUCUGCCCCAGCCUCUCCCACAGUCCCGACCCAGCCCCCAGCUCUAGCCCCGUCCUCCACCACGACGGCUGCGCCAACCCAGGGGAAGUCGGGGGUGAACGGUGCCCAGCGUAGGGCCCAGGCCCUCAGGCUGGGAGCCCUGAUCGCAGAGCUGGAAAAGACGUUACAGAACCAGAGUCUGUCUGAGAAGGAGCUGAGAACCCUGGACCACCAGAUACUGCACCUGGCGACCAUACUGAAGAACGACCUCUCCCUGUUGAGGAGCUCAUCAUCAGAGGAGACUCUGGCUGUGGAGGAAGUCCUGGGCAGCUUUGACUUCCUGUCACAUGACUUCAACGGAGAUGAUGAUACUUCCUGUUUGGGCAGCCUGAGACUAAAAGACAGUGGCAUCAGCUCCUUCCAGCAGAGCACUCUGAGGAGCCUCGGCCUCUUCUCCCACAGCAGCCAAUCAGCUUCUGAGGAAGAACUGGUCAUCACCCCCCUGACUUCUGGGAACUGCAGUCUUGACCAAGCUCUAGAGACUCACCUGGAUAUUUGCUUCAUCCUGUUACAGAUGAUAAAAACGACUGACUUCAGCCCGUCCCGGAGGGACCUGCUGGAGGAAAUGGCUCUUCAAGCUGAAGUCCUGGACAGAAUCAGCUGUUUGCUGCUAGAGAAGAACGACCUCUCCCCUCGUGACAUUCUUCCUAAGGCCCAGAGAACGAGGGAUGUGUUGUUGUUCUGGGAGGAUUGCGUGAGCGACAGCAGCUCUCCUUUCUGCUGCCACUCUGAUAGCUUCUCCAGGACGCUGAAGAAACGCUACACACACAAGGUGAAGGCCAAGCAGCCCGGCCAGUCAGAAAAAGUGUUUUCUCAGCUCCUGCAGCAGGUCCAGACGGCCUGUCGGAUGGUGCCCAGCCCUCGGCCGGUCUGCAGCCCAGACAGAGUCACUCUCUUCCAGCUGUCGGUGUAUCUGAAACGCUGGAGCAUCCAGGAGCUGGGAGACCACAUCUCCCGCCUCUCCAAAGAAGAGUACAUCCUCUCGGCCCUGAGGAGCCCCAAACGCAGGCGAGCUUUAAACAAACUGAGAGGGCGGAGCAUCGCAGAGUUCCUCCCUCUGGGGACCACGCUGCAGAUCCUGGCUGCCCUGCAGAUCGACUCCAACCACAAAGUCUGUAAAGCUGCUGCCAACUGUCUCUGCAGAGCCGCAGGCUGCAAGACCUUCAGGAGCAAGGCUGUGGUUUACUACACAGAGAGUUUGAAAAGCACUGACGUUCAAAUCCAACAAGGCUCCUGUCUGGCGCUGAAAUGCCUCAGGGCGACAGAGAGCGUGGACCACAUAGCAGAUUUGUGGAGAUCAGCGGAUGAGGAUCUUCGCAGCGCUGCCAGAGAGACUGUCCUCUCCUUUGGUAAAAAGGGCUUCCUGGCCUUCCAGAGGAUGGACCAGCUGUACACUGAGAUGCAGGAGGAGGCGUACCAGAACCAAGAGACUGAGAUUACGAUCCUGUAGGAAACACGUCCAGAACUAAAAACAUAAAGAGUCUCGAUGAACCUGGGAGUCAGGGCGAGAGUCUGUGUCUGGAUAAAGUUGAUGAAGCUGCACUGAAGGGGGAAAUGCCAGGACGAAGCUUCUUACUUUCUGAGCUAACAGUGAUUUUAUUUUGAAAAACCUGUGGCGCCUUCAUGGGUACAGCACAAACAGAGGAAGAUCUAUUGAGCUCUCUCUGGACGGAUCGCUCACUCACUGAGUUUUGCUCCAAAGCUUCAGUUUUCUUGCUCCUAUGACCAGAGAAGUGGCUUAACUGGAAUCGUGGAUUAUUUUUGGUCAAAUAUGUUGAGUUCUGUUUUCUGUUACAGCAUCAUUUAGUUAGAAGACGCCAUGUGCAGCUUUAAAAUUAUUCCUGCUUCUCCAGUGUUGGGACUUUCUUUCAACAACCAAUCUACAGGGUUGUUUUAUUGGAAAAUGAAGGAUAAAUAUAUUAAUAUUAUUAUUAUUUUCACAUAAGUGUGUGGUUGAGAGAGAUAAUGUGCAAAAAAAUCCAAACUAUCCUGUGAACAUUAAAGCCUGUGGGACCAAAUAAAUCCUCAAUAGCAGCUGCAAACAGUGCAAAUCUACCUGUUCCUCCUGAGUUGUGUUUACUUUUCUGUCUUUUCGUGAGUGAAGGAAAACAAAAUGGCUGCUGAAACGUUUCCACAAACAAACAGGAGCCGAGACAUUCAAGGAUGCCAAGGGAUUAUGGAACAAACAGCUCCAGCAGGCGGCCAAACUCUUCCUCUCCAAAUCUGUUGUAUUCAAAAAUGAUGACGUUUGUCAGUGAGUUUCCUGGUCUGCAGAUGAUCUGAGAGCAGCUGCUGGAUGGAAGCUAUGAACUGAUGAACGUGUGGAUUUUGUGCCUUGUCAUUUGAGAAACAUAAGAUGCAUUGAUUUAGCUCAUGAGCGAGUUCAUUUACUCGCUCAUAUUUUCAUUUCUAUGCCACCAAAGUUGCUGGACCCAGUUACAUAGAGAAGGAUAUUUCUCUGAGAGCACAGCAUGAAUGUACAUGAACUCACCAACUCAAAUUACUAUGAAGACAUGACUUUACUCUCCUCUCUCAUUGCUGUUUGGGCUCAGAUUAGUAUCAUCACUGAGAUGGAGGCAGGUGCUGCCCUCUGCUGUCCAUUCAGCUAAUCUGAAGUUUGGGAACAGCGCUGACCUGAGGAUGCUUUCGCUCGCCACAGAACAGAUUUGGCUGCGGUGGUUAAACUGACCUGGGACCUCUCUGACUGGGAUAUUUAAAGACUGUUUGGGAGGUCGACAAAGUGGCGUGGGAAGAAGACGUCAGCCUGCUUUUUGAUUUAACGUUGUGGAGUCAAAUGAGGAUUUUCUUCAGGCUUAGUGUCGAUACAGGUCAACUCUGUUUAUGGAGGUUUUUGGUAAUUUCAUGACUUACCCCCUAGGAAUGAAGCACCAUGUUGGAAACAAAUCAAAAAUCAAUCCAGCCACAUCAUCAAACUCUCACAGGGGGGAGGCUGUAAUGGGGAACAGGAUGGGAAAACACUGUUUACCAUUUUUUGUAGUAAAUCAGAUGCAGCCCCUAAAACAAAACCACUCAAAAUGUUCAGAACAUAAACAAGAACAGAGUUUGAACAUUCUCUGCAUGGUUUGUUCCUCCUGCAGAAACAUGGUUCAGCUUCUACACAUUUUGAUUGUGUUAUUCUUUCUGGACUGAUGAAUAAUUCAAUUUUAUCCAGUAAUAUCAACAAACUGACCUGUUGGGAGACACUAACGGCUGCUGUUUGACCAGCAGCUAGAAAACAAAGGCACAAGUUUUAAUGUUGCAUAGAAGGAAAGAGAAAAAGCAAAGGAUGAAAAAGCACUAAGAGGAAUGAGCUGAGGGAGGAAAGAAAAGAAAGAUAUGAGAAGGGUGAAGGAGGUAAGGAGAGGAAGCAGUUCUGUGACGCUAAACUUAGACACUUUGGGCUAAAUGCUAACAUGCAGGUUUAGCAUGUCAGCCUGCUAAUAUUUGCUAAUUAGCGCUAAACUAAAGAGUCUGGGCUUCUCACUUCUGACUCAGUCCCACCUCUGCACCAAACUGUGGAUUCAACCGUCAUGUAUUAUUGUAACUGGAUGUAUAUUGAUUACUGAAACGUGUGCACAGAACAUGACUUACAGAGGUGGAAACCUUUCACUUCUGUGAGCAAUAAAAAGAUAAACGUUCA